UUUGGACGGCGUUCAGGCCGUUUUAAGGCCCGUUUAGAGUAUGGUGUUAUUUUACGCGGGGAAACUGAAACCAGGCCUCUGGCGGGCCUUUUUCGCGCCAAAGCUAGGGUUCCUCUCCUCUGCGCGCCCAGCCACCGCCAGGGACUUCCUCUCCUCUGCGCGCGCCCAGCCGCCGGCGCUGCUUCCUCUCCUCUGCGCGCCCAGCCGCCGGCGCUGCCUCCUCCAUCCUCUCCUCUGCUCACCCAGCCGCCCAGUGGAAGAGAGGCACGCACGCCCAGGGAUAGAGGGGGCGCGCUAGCAGGAAGCUGAAGCAGGGACUCCCCAUCCUUUGUUUGUUGCCAGGAUGUCAUCGGCGGCUUCCAAUCCAUCAGCUCAACCAGCAGUGGACAAGCAACCACUUAAGCGGAAUAGCGAUGACAUAGGGUGGGAGUAUGGAACUAUUGUCAAUCCAAAUGAUUGGAAUGUCAUAAAAUGCAAGUUAUGUCCUAUGGUUGUCAAGGCUGGGAUUUAUAGGCUUAAGCUGCAUAUUGCUGGUAGAAAAGGGCAAGUCCGAGCAUGCCCCAAUGCAACUCAAGAGGAUAGAGACAAGUGCAGUAAAGCUCUUGAUGAUUCUAGGAAAGUUAAAAUAGCUAGGCUAACAGAAAAACAAGAGGUUAUUGAUGCAGUUGCAGAUGAGAUGGAUGUUAAUGAUGACACGGGCCUUGAUGACAUUGGCAGCUCUCAACCAAGGACAAUGGGUCCUAUGGACAAGUUCACAAUGUCUCUUGACUCCAAUUCUUUGGGUUCCACACAAAAAAACCUUCGCCAACAAAAGAUUUCUGAACAUGUAAUGAAAGAAAGGUUGCAUAUAUUGAAGAGAUAUGUUGCUAGGUGGAUGUAUGUGCAAGGAAUACCUUUCAAUGCCAUAAACUGUGAUGAGUUUGACCAAGUGUUGGAAGCUGCUGGCCGCUUCGGUCCAGGUGCAAAGAAACCUUAUCAACAUGAGCUGCGGGAGAAACUGUUGCAUGAGGAAGUGGAGGAUACAAAGAAGAUGAUUAAAGAUCAUGCACAAGAAUGGAAAAAAACCGGUUGCUCUCUUAUGACUGAUGCUUGGACAGACCAAAAGAGGAGGAGCAUAAUGAACAUAUGUAUCAAUUCUGCCAUCGGUACAUAUUUUCUUGAGUCAAAAGAGGUUUCAGCUGAGUUACACACGGGGGAAAUGAUUUUUCAGUUUGUGGAUAACUUUAUUGAGAAAUUGGAUGCUGGUAAGGACCAUCUUGUGCAAGUGGUCACAGAUAAUGCAUCAAAUAAUAUGGCAGCAAAGGAUUUGCUUUAUGUCAAGAGACCCAACCUAUUUUGGACUUCCUGUGCAACCCAUACAAUUAACCUAAUGCUUGAAGGAAUUGGAAAGAUGAAAAGGUUCAAGAAUGUAAUUGAUUCAGCAAAAGGAUUGACCAUAUUUAUUUAUGCACACCACAGCACUUUGUCUCUAAUGAGGAAGUUCACAAAGAAAAGAGAUAUUAUUAGGCCAGGUGUGACAAGAUUUGCCUCCGCUUUUCUCACUUUACAAAGCUUGUAUGAGAAGAAAGAGCAGCUAAGGAUGAUGUCCCAAAGUGAGGAAUGGUGUAAAAUUAGUCAUGUGAAGAAAAGUGCUAAAGGUGUAACAGCCACAGCCACAUUGGUGAAGCCAACCUUUUGGAAUGGUGUUUCUCUUUGUUUGAGAGUAUUUGAGCCAUUAGUUAAAGUUCUUCGCCUUGUUGAUGGAGACAUUAAACCAUCAAUGCCUUGGGUGUAUGGUGAAAUUCUUAAAGCCAAGGAAGAAAUUAGAGUGGCUGUAGGAAACUUAGACAAGACAGGGACUGGUUUGUACAAGAACCUUAUGGAAGUUGUGGAGGGAAAAAUGAAGAAAAGAUUGGAUUGUCCUAUUCACAUGGCUGCAUAUUGUUUAAACCCUUAUUAUAGCUACAAUAGUCCCUCAAUCUUUGACAAUGAGGAUGUGGUAGAUGGGUUUUAUGCAGCUAUUGAAACAUUCUACCAUGGUGAUUUUCAGAAGCAAAAUGAAGUGAUCAAUAAUGACUUUCACAAGUUUAAGGACAAACUUGGACAUUUUGGGAAAAAAGUAGCUUUGUUUGGCUGCAAGGAUCCUGAAUUCAAUCCAGCUAAGUGGUGGGCAAAUUAUGGAACACAAGUUCCAUUACUUCAAAAGUUUGCUGUUAGAAUUCUCUCUUUGACAUCAAGUGCUUCAGGUUGUGAAAGGAGUUGGAGCUGUUUUGAAGGGAUCCAUACAAAGAAAAGGAAUAGACUCACAUGUGACAGAGUUGACAAGCUUGUGUAUGUUAGAUUCAACCAUAUUCAUGCAAAGAGAAGAAUUAGAGCCCAAAAGAAUAAAAAGGCAGAUCCUCUUGUAGCAACCGAUGCAACUUUUGCUCAAGGAUGGAUGGUUGAUGGUGCUGAGAAGGAUGAAGAAGGGUCUGAUGUUGAGCCGGUGACCGGUCUCACAUGGAAAUUGAUUGCUGAGACAUGUGGUGCUGAAGAGGUCACAAAACUACGUAGGAGUGCAAGAUUGACUGUUGAAAGAGAGGUUGAAGACACACCGUUGUCUGAAACUGAAAGUGAAGAAGAAGCACCACAAGAGGAAGAUGUUGACUUUGAGUCGGAUCAAGAUGAUGUGAUCACAGCUGGAUAUGACUAUGAGCUAGAUGCGGAGGAAGACAAUGAUGGCUGAUGGGAGGCUUUAGCUGCCAUCAUCUAUCUUAUAUUAGCACUAUCUAAUUAUCUUAUCUAUUUGUCUAUGUUGAAAAUGAACUUAUGGACUAUUGCUUUUAUGCUUUGUUUGGCAUUUGUGAGAACUAUUUCUAUUUGUGCUUUGUGAAAGUGUUUGUUCUCUAUUGUGUCUAUCAACCUACCAUUUGUGCUGAAAGUUGUCCUUGUUCAGUGUAUCAACUAUCAAAUGGACCCUUAUACAUAUCACAUGGGCACAUACUAACAAAUCUCGCUUCUUUUUCAGGUACAUAUCUCAAAUUGGGACAAGGACAACAAAAGCUUCAUGUUUGCUUCAAAAAAGGUUAGGAAAAAAUCUUUUUUAUCCUGCUGAAACUAUGCUACAGUAACAUACCGUUUAGGCCGUUUAAUUCCGUCUAAACACGUCUAAACACGUCUAAACCUUAGACAGCUCCUCACCGUCCGUCUACCGUUUUCCGUCUAAGAAAACACUGGCCAUCACAUAUGCAGCCCAUGUCUUCAGCUGCCCCGCAAUUCCAUUCUGUUUCUGGCCGUCCACCACCUAGUCGACCAGGAAACUAAUCGGCCUAAUCGAGUCAUAGUCCCUAAUCAAGUCUAGGAUACUGACUACAACGACUAAUCAUGAUUAAUGGGACAACUUGAUAACACUGCCAGUCAUUAACAAAUUUAUUAAAGUGAAAAUAUGAUACCACAGAAAUUGACU